UUGAGAGGUCCCUACUUUCCUCUCAUCGUCACUGCAGUGUGGCCUCCUUUCAUGGAUAUGUGAAUCUCUGUUGGAGUUGAAGGAAAGACCCCUCCUUACCGCGUUGACUCAGCCAGGAAACAAUGCCCCUUCCCAGCGCUGAGGUGGGUGUGUUGGGCUGGUGUCACUGAAUGCAGGACGUAUGAGUUUCCUUCCCGUUGGGGCAGGUCUGUCUUACAGUAUAUUUUAUGAUUUGUAAAUAUUUAGUACGUGUUAGUGCAUUUGUCUCCCUGGAUUUUAACACGGACACAAUUGUUUAAGAGAACGAGGAAAAAGGGGACUUUCCAACUACGUGAUCAAGCUGAUAUCGGAGGAGCCUGGCGUGGAUGUGUCGACGGAGGACCUGGCGUGAAGCAGGAGAAUGCUAAAUACCCUCGCAUUGUGAAUCUUUAAGUGGGCUUAGGCGGCCAUGGACCUGUUCAGCCAGCUCAUCCUUGUCAUCUCGGUCACCAGUUUCCUCUCCUUCCAGUGGCUCUUCCACCGGGUCAGUCCCUGGGUCUCCACCCGUGUCAGCCCUGGCUUCUUAUGCCUUGCAGACAAGCAGAAGGUGGAGUGGAACUCAAGGACAGUGUCCACGCUUCAUGCCCUUGUGGUGGGACUCUUCUGUCUCUACAUCCUGCUCUUUGAUGACGCCAUCAAUGAAGACCCCGUCUGGGGAGAUCCGACACUUGUGAAGAUAAAUGUUGGCGUGACAACAGGCUACCUCAUAUCUGAUCUGCUGCUAAUAUUUUACUAUUGGAAGGCGAUAGGCGACAAGUUUUUUGUAGUGCACCACCUGGCAGCUUUAUAUGCUUACUACUAUGUACUGGGACACGGAAUGUUGCCUUAUUUUGCUAACUUCCGUCUGCUUGCAGAGUUCUCCACGCCGUGUGUCAACCAGCGCUGGUUCUUUGAAGUGUUAGGUUACUCCAAGUCCUCCAGGCCCAACAUCGCUAAUGGGAUGGCCAUGGCAGUUGUCUUCUUCCUGGUUCGCAUUGCCGUCAUGCCCCUCUACUACAGCCGCAUGUGGUCCGUGUAUGGCACCGAAGCCUUCUACCGCGUCCCGCCGGAAGGCCGUGCUGCUUGGAUCAUCUCCAGCAUCUGUCUGGAUGUCAUGAACGUCAUGUGGAUGCACAAGAUCGCCCGCGGCUGCUACAAGGUCAUGCGCUCGGCCCGACGACACAAAGUGGGGACACAGGAGAACGGAAAGGCUGAAUAAAAAGCAAGAGGGUGAUUGAUGUUAUGGGUAAGGAGAGCCCAUUGAACCACUUUCCCCUUUUAGUGCACAAUUGGAUUAGUAACUUUACCUGACUGGGACUACUGUUUCAGUGUCAACUAACUUACAAAAAGCUAAGUCUUGCACUGACUGAACUUUAUGGUAGUAGACGCAGGACAUUGAUGUGGACAAAGGGGCAAUAUCUUGGGCAGUGACGUGUAUAACUGCCUCUUAGCAAUACUUCCUGUGCAUGGCAAAUGUAUUUUUCUGUUGCAUUUUAUCACAAAACGGCGUGUCUGGGAUGAAGUCCGUUUUUCCCAAAUGCUUCACCAAGUCAAACGUUUACUGCUUGUUCUAGACCAUAGACUCAAAUGUGUGAAUGGUCCUGUGCUCCCCAAAACAACUUGAAGCACCUCCCUUUCAUUUGGAUUUUUAUGUACAUUUGAAGUCGGAAGUUUACAUACACCUUAACCAAGUACAUUUCAAUUCAAGUGUAUAUAAGUUUAGGUUUCUCACAAUUCCUGACAUUUAAUCAUAGUAAAAAUUCCCUGUCUUAGAUCAGUUAGAAUCACCACUUUAUUUUAAGAAUGUGAAAUGUCAGAAUAAUAGUAGGGCGAUUUAUUUCAGCUUUUAUUUCUUUCAUCACAUUUCCAGUGGGUCAGGAAUUUACAUACACUCAAUUAGAGGUCGACCGUUUAUGAUUUUUCAACGGCGAUACCGAUACCAAUUAUUGGACACAAAAAGCCGAUACCGAUUAAUGGGCCAAUUUAUUUAUUUUUUAUUUUUUUUGUAAUAAUGACAAUUACAACAAUCCUGAAUUAACACUUAUUUAACUUAAUAUAAUACAUCAAUAAAAUCAAUUUAGCCUCAAACAAUGAACAUUUUUAAAUUUGGUUUAAAUAAUGCAUCUCAAACAAGACAUUUAUUCUUUCAGUGAAAUACAGAACCAUUCUGUAUUUUAUCUAACGGGUGGCAUCCAUCAGUCUAAAUAUUCCUGUUACAUUGCACAACCUUCAAUGUCAUGUCAUAAUUAUGUAAAAUUCAGGCAAAUUAGUUCGCAAUGAGCCAGGCGGCCCAAACUGUAGCAUAUACACUGACUGCGUACAAUGAACGCAAGAGAAGUGACACAAUUUCACCUGGUUAAUAUUGCCUGCUAACCUGGAUUUCUUUUAGCUAAAUAUGCAGGUUUAAAAAUAUACUUCUGUGUAUUGAUUUUAAGAAAGUCAUUGGUGUUUAUGGUUAGGUACACGUUGGAGCAACGACAGUCCUUUUUCGCGAAUGCGCACUGCAUCGAUUAUAUGCAACGCAGGACAUGCUAGAUAAACUAGUAAUAUCAUCAACCAUGAUUAAGUUUAAUGCUAGCUAGCAACUUACCUUGGCUUCUUACUGCAUUCGUGUAACAGGCGGGCUCCUCGUGAGGCUUGUAAGGUUGCAAGAUUGAAUCCCUGAGCUGACAGUCGUUCUGCCCCUGAACAAGGCAGUUAACCCACCAUUCCUAGGCCGUCAUUGAAAAUAAGAAUGUCUUCUUAACUGACUUGCCUAGAUAAAUAAAGGUGUAAAAAAAACGUUUGUUUUUUAAACAGCGUCCAAAAUUACCGAUUUCCGAUUGUUAUGAAAACCUGAAAUCGGCCCUUAUUAAUCGCCCAUUCCGAUUAAUCGGUCGACCUCUACCCUCAAUUAGUAUUUGGUAGCAUUGCCUUUAAAUUGUUUAACUUGGGUCAAACGUUUCGGAUAGCCUUCCACAAGCUUCCCACAAUAAGUUGGGUGAAUUUUGGCCCGUUCCUCCUGACAGAGCUGGUGUAACCGAGUCAGGUUUGUAGGCCUCAUUGCUCGCACAUACUUUUUCAGUUCUGCCCACAAAUAUUCUAUAGGAUUGAGGUCAGGGCCUUGUGAUGGCCACUCCAAUACCUUGACUUUGUUGUCCUUAAGCCAUUUUGCCACAACUUUGGAAGUAUGCUUGGGGUCAUUGUCCAUUUGGAAGACCCAUUUGCGACCAAGUGCACCCAGUCCCUCCUGCAGCAAAGCACCCCCACAACAUGAUGCUGCCACCCCCGUGCUAAACGGAUGUGAUGGUGUUCUUCGGCUUGCAAGCCUCUCCCUUUUUCCUCCAAACAUAAUUAUGGCCAAACAGUUCUGUUUUUGUUUCAUCAGACCAGAGGACAUUUCUCCAAAAAGUACAAUCUUUGUCCCCGUUUGUAGUUGCAAAACAUAUUCUGGCUUUUUUAUGGCGGUUUUAGGAGCAGUGGCUCCUUCCUUGCUGAGCGGCCUUUCAGGUUAUGUCAAUAUAGGACUCGUUUUACUGUGGAUAUAGAUACUUUUGUACCUGUUUCCUCCAGCAUCUUCACAAGGUCCUUUGCUGUUGUUCAGAGAUUGAUUUACACUUUUUGCACCAAAGUACGUUAAUCUCUAGGAGACAAAACACGUCUCCUUCCUGAGCGGUAUGAAGGCUGUGUUGUCCCAUGUUGUUUAUACUUGCGUACUAUUGUUUGUACAGAUGAACGUGGUACCUUCAGGCAUUUACAAAUUGCUCCCAAGAAUGAACCAGACUUGUGGAGGUCUACAAUUGUUUUUCUGAGGUAUUGGCUGAUUUCUUUUGAUUUUCCCAUGAUGUCAAACAAAGAGGCACUGAGUUUGAAGGUCGGACUUGAAAUACAUCCACAGGUACACCUCCAAUUGACUCGAAUGAUGUCAAUCAGCCUAUCAGAAGCUUCUAAUGCCAUAACAUACUUUUCUGGAAUUUUCCAAGCUGUUUAAAGGCACAGUCAAUUCGUGUAUGUAAAAUUCUGGCCCACUGGAAUUGUGAUUACAGUGAAUUAUGAAAUAAUCUGUCUGUAAACAAUUGUUGGAAAAAUUACUUGUGUCAUGUACAAAGUAGAUGUCCUAACCGACUUGCCAAAACUAUAGUUUGUUAACAAGACAUUUGUGAAGUGGUUGAAAAAACAAGUUUUCAUGACUAGGAGGGAGGUUCCUUGAUGUGCAGAAGGGCACGAGACAAACGAAUGUGUAACAUUGGGGAAAGUAGUGGCAUGUGUUAAUUGUAGGGGUGCCCAUUGGGCACAAGUAGGGGUGCCCAUGGGGUACAAGAAAUGUGUGAAGUGGUUGAAAAACAAGGUUUAAUGACUCCAAACUAAGUGGAUGUAAACUUUUGACUUCAACUGUAUAUAUUUUCUGGUUGCCUGAAUCACAGAGGUUGAAUAUAAACAUUUUGAACACAGAAGAACCAAUGCAGGAAGUAUUUCAGUAAUGGUCUGUGUCAUUUAAAAGCCCAUGCUGCUGUCUGUCUGCUGAGGGAGGACAGGGUGUAGCAACUUCCCCUUUAAACCCAAACACAGUGUCUGUAAGAACUGGAUGGACAUCUAGUGCAAUUAAACCUUGAUUCCUUUCAGCUCAGCUCUAUCUCAUUCACUCUCAAGGAGUCACUCUGAAACUGAGCCAAUGCUGAAGAAGACCUACUUUAUAUAUCCUUGCUCAAAUGGAGUAAGGCCUCUCUCCACUCCAUGGGGAAAAAGGGAAAGUUAAAGAGGAAAUGGAUGAAUCCAUUCCUUAUAUUUGCCCAGCUGGGUUAUAGAUUUGGGGGGAUUUUGAGUUUAAAUAUAUUUUUACAAUAUUUUUUGUCUUAAUCAAAAAGCGGACGGCGUCAGUGCAUUUUGCUGGUAUCGUCAUAGGAAAUGGCGUGCUGCUUGCCUGGGAAAGAGGAUGCUGAAAGAGAACUUGAGAACGUGUUAGUUGAAGCGAUUGGGGAAAUGCCUCGUGAGCAUUGUUAGCUGGAUUCUGACAUUCUUCUCAGAUUUUAUUUGCUCAGAUAUAAAACAUGAGCUUUUUGUCCUCAACAUUUCAAUCAUUUGAGAGUUUAAAUGCCAUAAUCUCAUAAUGUUUAUGGUCACAAGUUGUUUUUCUCUUUCUAAUUUACACACAUACUGUCUGUCAACAUACAUGCACUGUCAACUGGGGCAUGCUGCAAUUGACUUUCAGUACUGGGUCUCAGAUCAAUAUGAAACUAGAGUUUCCUCCAUUUUUGGAUGAGGGGCCAUUGACACAAUGUUAUUGGAUGAGUAUGUCCCUUGUUCUAGGAUCUUGGGGUAAGGAACUUCUUCUGAACUGUAUCAAGUGUUAUUUAUUUUUUACCAAUUAUAUACUGGGGCAGCAUGUCAAUGUUUGUACCUACAUAUAUUAUUUAAGGAGAUUAAUGACAGAGGUAUUCAUGAUGUACAUUUAUGAGGAAAAGCUUUCAUGAUACAGUGACAUGCAUUUAAUAAUGUUAUAUACCUGCUUUCUCACUGAGCAGUUGAGUAUAGUGCGCACACACACACACACACACGACGUACGUGUACAGUCUUUGGAAAAGAGGGUGUGUCAUACUACAUUAGUAUUUUACUGACUGAAUGACUUUAACACAAAGUAGAAUGAUGACAAAUGUUUGUGAGGAUAAGGAACUACUAGCAUUGUCCUCAUCCAAAUGAAAAGUUGACUUUUCAAAAUCUUGUGCACUUGAAUUUUGACUGUACUUUCAUUUAUAUGGUGGACACAAAUAAGCAUAUUUUUAAUGGUCUGUGAAACAAAAUAGGGAACUCAAGUCAUCAUAUUUGGCCUUGUCAUGCUCUCCAGUCUUCUUUUGUGAUGGUUGCCUUUUAGAAAUCAGAUUUGAAUUGCACAGUGAGCUUUUGUUACCGCUUUUUCAAUGGAAUGUCCAAAAUAUGUUAUUUCUACAGUGUUUGUUUUGAUGAGCCCGCCUCAAUGUAAUUUCAACACAUGUUCAUUCUGAAAAGGAUCGCAUAAUUAUACACAAUUGUGUGGGGUGGAUUAUGGCAAUGAAUGUACAGUAAUCAACUAUUUCUCAGUGAAACGUGUGCCAGUAUAGAGCAGUGUUAACUGAAGCGCUAUACAUUUCCUUUGAACUAAACUGUACAAACCCUGACCAUGUUCUACUGUCGUCUCCUCUCCUUAUCAACUCUCCUCGAUGUUCACUGAUCUGAAAGGAUGGGGGGGGGGGGGAUAUGGUUACGGAGGGAGGGAUUAUGGAAAGGAAGCUAUGGUAGAGUUUUGGUACAUAGUCACAAUGAGACCGUCAGCCCUCAGUACUAUGGUUGUGGCGGUAUGCUCAUGCAUGAUCAUGUUCCUCUCUUCACACACCCUCUAUAAAUGCAUGUGGUAUUGCAUGGAGAUCACUGUAAACAAAUAGCAAUUUUAUUGCAAGCUAUAUUUUGUUUCUUGUUUUGAAAUCCAUGUACAUGAUGUCUAAACCCCAUUAGUAUUCUUCUGUACUUGUUGUUCACGAUGUUAUCCAGCGAUGAUGAUUGUGAACAUGUGAAACAACUGUGGCUAACACCCAGCACAGAAAUAUCCAAUUAGGGAAAUUAUACUUGAUAAUAAUCAGCACAGUUGCAAUCUGGGCAGUGCAAAUAAACAUGAAUACCUUACGUCUCGCAUUUCAUUGUAAUUGUGUAUUUCUUCAAGUAAUGGUCAUGUUUAUUAGUAAAAACCAAUAGAAAGUACACACCACUGGUGAUUGUACAAGAUAACUAGUAUUUUGAAAGCCUUUCUCAUUUUGCAAGUUUUUACUGAAUGAAAGAUGGGGAAAUACAUCCUACAGAGAUGAUUCAGUGAACUGAGCCCUGGAUUGUUCAAAAAAAUGUUUGGGUGAUGGCUGUUUACUUUUGUUGUUGGUCUUUGACAAUACAUGUCAAAUCUGUGAAGAUAUGUGUUGCUUUGUAUGAUUUGCAUGUUUUUGUUUUUAUUACAAUGUUCCAAAUGUAAUGAUGAUAUGGGGUCCAAUGUUUACCCAAAGAGAAAUAUACUAGAAAUCACUCAGCAGCACCCCUGACCGGUUUGUGGAAAGGGAACGUUUACAUGUUGUCAAAAACAUGAAAGUUUUAAAAUUGAAUUCACACUUGUUGUUCUUAAUUUUACACACCUGAUGCCAUUUGCCUGAGUAAAACAAUAUGCAGCAUUUUAAGUGUCAAUAAAUAUUCAGAAUUAAA